AUGGACGAGCUAUCUAUGAGCAAUCGCAAAAUCCAGAAGAAUCGUCAUGACAAUACCCGAACAGAAAUUAGGAUUCUGUUGCCCGUUGGAGUUCAAUUCUCUAAAAUGGCGUUAAAUUUUAUGGAAGAAUGGGCUUUUCAGAUGUUUCGUAGAACCAUGGCAACUCAAUUAGAUAAGCAAUCUCUUUCAGAAAAACGGACAGAUUGA